CUGAAAUAGCAACACUCGUAAUUUAAUGGUAAAGCUGUCCCUUUGUGCAACGGUAUGCAAGGCAAACCGUACAAGAGGUAUGCAAUGUGGAUCAGCUCUGUUAAUUUCACCUGGCAUCUUUCAACAUCGCGAACCCAAAUUCCGCUCUAAACGAAUUCGUUCAAACUUCCAUGAUAGACGAUGGAGCAUAGGUGAAAGUUGUUCUCCAGCUCGCCCUUUCAUUAGUAAAGCUUUAAUCGGCCGGAAAGAGUUGACCUACGCGCUACCAUUGGAUAUGCACCGCCAUAAUGUCUCCAAUGUCUCGACCUUAUUUCUUGUCGCAGCCAACCUUCUAAUACCAGUCGCAAUCCUCCUCUUCGCCGUCGGUUUCUUUCCUUAUAAGCCCUUCUUACCUGGUUUAGCCGAGUACCAAUCCUUAGAAUAUGGCCCGCCGCCAGAAGCCCCGUUUGACCGUUUAAUAUUUAUGGUUGUCGAUGCUUUGCGCAGCGACUUCGUAUAUUCCAAUGGCUCCGGCUUCGAGUUCACGCAAGGGCUUAUUAAAGAUGGCGUGGCUAUCCCUUACACGGCUCAUGCUACGUCGCCGACUAUCACGAUGCCUCGCAUAAAAGCCAUUACUACCGGUUCUACGCCCUCCUUCCUCGAUGCCAUCUUAAGUUUCGAUGAAGCCGACACAUCUUCGACACUAGCUGCACAGGACACAUGGCUCGCUCAGAUGAAGGCAAAGAAAUCCGGCAAAUUAGUCAUGUAUGGAGAUGAUACGUGGUUGAAAUUGUUUCCCGGCGUGUUCGAUCGAGCAGAUGGUACUUCUAGCUUCUUCGUUUCCGACUUUACAGAAGUCGACAACAACGUAACUAGGCACAUCCCCGACGAAUUGCGCAAUGAUGAUUGGAAUACGAUGGUUCUACAUUAUCUCGGCCUCGACCAUAUUGGCCACAAGACCGGUCCUCGGGGCCCCAAUAUGAUUCCGAAACAGCAAGAGAUGGAUGGGAUUGUUCGACUAAUAUACGAGGCGAUGGAGACGCAGCCGCAUCUCCGUUCGACUCUUCUUGUCUUCUGUGGUGAUCACGGUAUGAACGACGCUGGUAAUCAUGGAGCUUCUUCUCCCGGAGAAACCUCCCCUGCUCUCGUGUUUGUAUCACCUAAGCUCAAGUCCAUCUCAAAACCAGUCAAAGUGCCAGCAGACCCCGUCGAAGAUUUCCAGUAUUACAAUGUCGUAGAGCAAUCCGAUCUUGCGCCUACUCUUGCCGCUCUGCUUGGCUUCCCGAUACCUAAAAAUAAUCUAGGCUCGUUCAUGGUAGACUUCCUACCUUUCUGGCCAGAGAAACGGGACAGGCUCCAGAUUCUGGUGCGUAAUGCGAGACAGAUUCUCGAUAUUGUCACUGCAAGCUUCAGCAGCUCCUCGUCGGUUGGUAAAAUGCCCAACCUUGAUUGCAUUCGACCUGGCUCGGGAGCCGAAGAAUUAGCCUGCGAAUGGCAACAGAUCAGCCAAGAAACUGAAAAGGCUUUACGCGAAAUAAAUCCGGACGAGAACCAGAUAACGAACGUGUCAAAGUGGUUAUCGAGGGCACAGACUUUGAUGAGCGGCAUGGCGAGCAAUUAUGACAUGUCGAUGCUUAUCUACGGCGAAGUGGUAGCUAUGGUGGCUUCCGUUGCGGCGGUAUACGCCUUGAUGGCUUCAUCUUCCGUGAUGGUUUCUAAGUUGGCACCGCUUAUGCUCAUCACAGUGAUGUACGGCAUAAUGAUGUUUGCCAGCAGCUACGUUGAGGAAGAGCAACACUUUUGGUAUUGGGCCACGUCGGCAUGGUUAUUCUAUCUCGCGAUCAGAUCAACUCCAAAAAUGACCUAUAGGUCUUUUAUUAUGGGCUUAGCUGCGCUCGGUGCGAUGAGAUUUACCAGAGGAUGGAAUCAGACUGGGCAAAAGUUUGCCGGUGAGCCCGAUAUUGUGACCACUUUCGUGGUGCCGAAUCCACAGUUACUUUGGUCUCUCGCUCUCGCAACAUAUGCGACGGUUUCUUUGGAAUUAUUCAAAGGGCUUCGGGGCAUACCAAUUGCCAUCAGAGGAUCUAUAGUCGUGGGGCUAGCGAUAUCAGCAAUGUCUUUCAAGCUCGCUUUUACUAAUGAAGAUGCCCCUGAGCUGAUUGUCGGAUUUGCGAAGACGCUUGUAGACUUAUUCAAAGGGCCAAGCCUUGUAAACCGAGCUCGGGCAGUUUUCCUAGGUCUUGGGCUUACUUCAAUACAUCCCUUCUAUGGCUUAUUCCUGAAGGGUACUAAACAGUCUAAAGAGGAUGCAAUGCGAGCGCUGCACCACUUAUAUACGCUCUUUGCGUUGACGCAGUCCCGAGUAACUAACGCGCCCCUCUUCUUAUUAUUCGAAGCCAUUUACCUAUAUUUAAUCAAGCUGCAUCUAGGAGGCGUAGAUAUUACGAUAUCAUUGCUGCUGCUUCAAUUUUCUUCCUUCUUUGCGAUGGGGGGAUCCAAUGCAAUCUCCGGCGUGGACUUGUCAAACGCGUACAAUGGCGUCAACGAGUUUAAUAUCUUUGCGGUGGGAGUCUUGACGUUUCUCAGCAAUUGGGCGGCCCCAGUCUGGUGGACGUCAGCGUCAAACUUGCUACUCCUUCGGACUAAAUAUUCGGGGGUGAAGCCUGGCCACGAUCGUACUUUUCAGCAACAUGUCGCCAUUUUGACAGUAUUUACCACUAUAGCUCUUGGGUUUGUAAUGGUAGCUUGUGCAACUUUGCGGACGCAUUUGUUCAUAUGGACGGUGUUUUCACCAAAGUAUCUGUACAGCAUGGCGUGGGGGUUGGGACAGCAUCUUGCUAUUAAUGUGACAUUUGGCGGACUUUUAUACUGGCUCGGUUGCGCAUGACCACGACUGGAACAUUUAGAAACGGGAGGUACAUAUACUGAUACCUCACGAUCAUCAAUACUAUACCUACCUAGACCUAGGUAGUAAUGCAUAAUGCAUUAUUCUUUGGUUAAAUUACCUAGAUAUAUUAUUUGCCUUUUGGGUAUGUAUUCUGCUUGGCUUCUCGGGCAGGGAUGGUAAAAGUACAAAGUACCAAUAAAUUAACCCCGGUUGGCCCAGUUAAUAGUCUUUAAGCUUUUACGGUUC